UUGCUUCUCCUUACCCAAUCAGAGCCGACAUUCUUGCAUUGCUGCAACGAAAUAAAGUGUUAGGGUGGUAGGAAUCCGGUAUUCUGGUCGCCUUCCACCCCUAAUUGGGUCCUCCGAUCAGACAGCCACCGCCCGUGAUUCCCCUCUAAUUGCCGGAUCAAGUAACCAAUAGUGGCUGAUACCCACAGGUCAAUCCAUUAAUCGUAGUUCACGCCCUCCGUUUGAUCACGAUAUCUUCUGGGCCACUUUCCACAGUCGUAUAGGUCAGCAGUAGUUGAAGUCACAAUUGAGUGGAGAUGGGGGAAAUUUAGGAACGAACUUGCCUCAGAACUUGAAGAGAAGAGUGUUCAGAUAUGUGCUCCGCCUGUCGCAAGCAGCUAAAGCCACCACUUCUCAACAGGAAACCGCCAUUGAUUAUUCACCUUGGCCUCAUUCUAGAAGCGACCACCACCGCCAAAUUCCGGUCCGAGAAUACAUUGAUGACACAGGAGCACAGAGAAUUGGAGUGCCUCUCCUCCCAAACCAAUUUCCCGAGUACCAUCCUUCUCAUCUCAACCAAAAAGGCGUCGAACCAUCCUGCCCACGGGAAAGAGUCAACCGAGAACGAACGAGGGAUUCGAAUAUAUGCGAGCUCUAGGACAGCGACAUACCCACUGCUCAUCAAUCAAUCAGAAGGAUUGAAAAAUGAUGGAUAA